AUGCCUUACCUCUAUCGGGCCCCAGGGCCCCAGAAGCACCCGGUUCCCAAGGAUGCCCGCAUCACCCACUCCUCAGGCCAGAGCUUCGAGCAACUGAGGCAGGAGUGCGUGCAGAAGGGAGUCCUGUUUGAGGAUGCAGACUUCCCAGCCAACAGCUCCUCUCUCUUCUAUAGAGAGAGGCCCCAGAUCCCCUUCGUGUGGAAACGGCCAGGGGAAAUAGUGAAAAACCCAGAAUUCAUUCUUGGAGGGGCCACCAGGACAGAUAUCUGCCAGGGGGAGCUUGGGGACUGCUGGUUAUUAGCUGCCAUUGCCUCCCUGACGCUGAACGACAAUGCUCUGGCUAGAGUCGUCCCCCAGGACCAAAGCUUUGGACCCGGUUAUGCCGGAAUAUUCCACUUCCAGUUCUGGCAGCACAGUGAGUGGCUGGAUGUGGUCAUCGAUGACCGGCUGCCCACCUUCAGGGACCGCCUGAUCUUCCUCCACUCCGCCGACCACAGCGAGUUCUGGAGCGCCUUGCUGGAAAAAGCCUACGCCAAGCUGAAUGGGAGCUAUGAGGCUCUGAAGGGGGGCAGCACGAUCGAGGCCAUGGAAGACUUCACCGGGGGUGUAGCAGAGACCUUUGCAACUAAAGAGGCUCCAGAGAACUUCUAUGAGAUUCUAGAGAAGGCCUUGAAGAGGGGCUCUCUGGUGGGCUGCUCCAUUGAUAUCAGAAAUGCUGCAGAAUCUGAAGCCCGGACACCUUUUGGUCUCAUUAAGGGCCAUGCCUACAGUGUGACAGGAAUUGACCAGGUAAACUUCCAAGGCCAGAAAACGGAGCUCAUCAGAGUCCGGAACCCUUGGGGCCAGGUUGAGUGGAAGGGGUCCUGGAGUGACAGUUCCUCCGAGUGGCGUUCCAUUGGCGCAGCCGAGCAAAAGCGUCUGUGUCACACGGCUCUCGACGACGGGGAGUUCUGGAUGGCGUUUAGGGACUUCAAGGCCCACUUCGACAAAGUGGAAAUCUGCAACCUCACUCCUGACGCCCUGGAGGAGGAUGCUCUCCACAAGUGGGAGGUGACGGUCCAUCAAGGAAGCUGGGUGCGGGGCUCCACGGCCGGGGGCUGCCGCAAUUUCCUGGAUACCUUCUGGACCAAUCCACAAAUAAAAUUGUCCCUGACUGAGAAAGAUGAGGGGCAGGAGGACUGCACUUUCCUCGUAGCCCUGAUGCAGAAAGAUCGAAGGAAACUCAAGAGGUUUGGAGCCGACAUGCUGACCAUUGGCUACACCAUUUACCAGAGCCCUGGCAAAGAAGAGCAUCUGAACAAAGACUUCUUCAGGUACAAUGCUUCCCAGGCCAGAAGCAAAACAUUCAUCAACCUGAGAGAAGUCUCCGACCGCUUCAAAUUGCCCCCUGGGGAAUACAUCCUGAUUCCCAGCACUUUUGAGCCCCAUCAGGAAGCCAAUUUCUGCCUGAGGAUCUUUUCAGAGAAGAAAGCCAUCACCCAGGACAUGGAUGGGGACGUGGACAUUGAACUUCCGGAGCCUCCGAAGCCGACUCCACCUGGCCAGGAGACAGAGGAGGAACUGCAGUUCCGGGCCCUGUUUGAACAAGUUGCGGGUGAGGACAUGGAGGUGACAGCGGAGGAACUGGAAUAUGUUUUAAAUGCUGUGCUGCAAAAGAAAAAGGACCUCCAAUUCAAGAAGCUAAGCCUGAUUUCCUGUAAAAACAUCAUUUCUCUAAUGGAUACCAGCGGCAACGGGAAGCUAGAGUUCGGGGAGUUCACAGUGUUCUGGGACAAGCUGAAGAAGUGGACAAACCUUUUCCUUCAGUUCGACACCGACAAGUCGGGCACCAUGUCCUCCUACGAGCUGCGGAGCGCCCUGAAAGCCGCAGGCUUCCAGCUGAGCCAUCACCUCCUGCAGCUGAUCGUCCUCAGGUACGCGGACGAGGGGUUCCAGCUCGGCUUCGAUGACUUCCUCAACUGCCUUGUCCGGCUGGAGAACGCAAGCCGCUGUAAUCCCCGGGAAAACCGCACUUGGGACAAGUGA